AUGGACCCCCUGGAGAAAGUCGAAAAGUUGCCUAAUUUGAACGUCUGGUCGACCUUAUGUGACGUGAGACGCAUGCUCCUGGACAACCAACUGGCCGAUGAGAACCCACAACACAUGGAGCUGCUCUUUCAUUCCUGCGGCGGUUCCUUUCAUGACGUUCCAGGUUUCGUUAGGAGUCAUCAGUUCACUAACUAUGCGUACAGCUCAAAAGGAUUGUUUCUACCAUUGCUAACCGAAAAAUUUGAAAUCACAUCUUCUUCGACGUCGACUGCCCUGACCAAACCACCAGAGACUGACGCUUCGCCACCACCAGCGACGACAUCUGUUGCGACAGUAGCAACAAAUUCAUUAACAGCAACACAGGCGAAACGACCGGCGUGUAAGGUUCACAUAUCUGCCGCUGAGAAUCCUUGCCACUUCUACGUUCAGAAAGUUGAAAAUUUUGAAAGAUUGAAAGCCUUAGAAGAUGAGUUGAACAAGAGCGUGGAGUUGGACCAGGUGAAGAAGAGAGAUGCCGACGUUGAGUGGAGGAGUAACAUGCUGGUGCUUGCAAAGGCCCAGGAAGACAUGAGGUGGCACAGAGCAAAGGUGAUGGCCGUAAUGAGUGAUGAGAAGGAUGAUAACUUAGAGGACCAGCUCUGCCGACACAACUACUCAAAAGUGGAAGUUGAAGUCUUAUUUGUGGACACCGGGAUUACCGAAGUCGUCGUCAGUGACGAUCUCCUUCCUAUGACGUCAUAUUACAAACAGCAGCUGCCCUUCCAAGCCAUCGAGUGUGGCAUGAUGCUUGUGGAGCCAAUCGAUGACGAUGACGAUGAAGAUGAAGAUGAAGAUGGUGGUGGCGGUGGUGGUAGCUGUUACGGUAAUGUCUUGGUAGCUGACAAUAACAAAUUCGAUAAAACUUCUGGUAAUGCUAAUAAGGGUGAUGGUGAUGAUGGGGAAGAGAAAGAUGCCAUUCCACCAGAUGUCAUCCUAAAGUUUAAGGAGCUAGCAAAGAAGGUUUGGACUGGCAGCAGCGUAGAUCACUCUGACUCCACGGAUGAUGACGAUGAUGAAGAUGACGAUGAGGAGGAAAGCGAUGAUGAUGUUGAUGGCCACCACGCAGAUGAUGACGUUGAUCCACCGAAUAAUGAUGGUAGUGAUAACGUGAGUGAUAGCAACAGCAACAACAGCAGUAACGUGAAUGACAACAGCAAGAAGGCAUCAACAACGACGACAUUAAAAAGCUGGUCGCCUGACUCUGGUUCGUUCAUGUUAGAUGCAUCGGAAGAUGUCAGUAAUGCAAAACUCGUAGCAUUAACUGUUGAGGUAGGCUCAGCUCUGACAACAGCCCUUAAUACAGGUGAGUACAGGUACUCAGUGAACCUCCACGAUACGACGUCAUUCGGCGAUUAUGUGGUCAGCUACACCGAGCUGCUUGUGGCCAAUAGGAUGGCUGUUGUGUCUCUUAACGGGGUCAAGGAUCUUUUCAAGGACUUAUCAUCUAAGUAUGAUGAUGAUGAUGGUAGUGGUAAGAAAAAACGUAAAAAAUUAAAUGGAAGAACGGAUAGUGAUAACAAUGAUUACGACUAUGAUGAAAGUGAAGAUGAUGAUGAUGAUAGCAGAGGUAUUUGUGGUGAUGAUAAGGAUGCAGAUGUUCCAGAAGAUAAAAUGCACUGCUUAUCAGUUUGCAAGUUCAUCAGUCUUUGUGAGAGAUAUCUACUUAGUAAGGGCAGAGGUGUGUGUUUGAAACUGGCCAAUCAGAUCUUGCUAACUGUUCAGGAUGCCUGCAUGAACAACUACAAAACUGUGGAUUAUUUGGACAUUCUGAAUCGAACGUUAAAGUACACGAGAUACAGUAACAACAUCAUUCCUCUUAUAAAUGCUAUACUCUUGGUUGUCCAUAAGGAUAGGUUUUGUUCAGAAGCAAAGAAUUGUAACUUAUGGAACACCAUUUGCUUUAUGCUGGAUAGAUUGAGGAUCUUGAGUUGUAGUGACAAUGACGUCACCAGCAACGACCACUGCAGUUGUAUGAUUGUUAGAAGGGGCACAAGUCCAUCUCAACAUGCCAAAUAUUUGCUCUUCCUCCUUCAAUCUCUGCCACAGAUGCUUCAGUGUUCAGAAUGUCAGGAAUGUUUCAGAAUGAAGGGUGGCGUGAGCUUACUUUCAAAGAUUCUCAUCAACAUCAAUCUUCCCAUAAAUUUGACGCACCUCUGCAUAAAUAUAAUUAUUAACCUGCUGGAGAAACAAAUUGGCUAUGGGAUAGAUAUUUCUCAUCAAAAUAUUCCUGCUCGCGCUUCCAAGAAAUCAUCUGAUCAACAAAAUGUUCUCUCCACAACUAACCCAACAACGUCUGGUGAAGAAAACGUCCUGUCAACAAGGACGACAUCAUCUGAAGAGGAGAAUGCUGUUGUUCCGAUGAAUUCUGCAGAACUGGAGCAGCAGCAAGAACAUGCUGAUUUGUUGAAGUUGAAAAAGAUGUGGGAACGUGAGCUGCAGUUGAACAUCAACCUGGUGAGGAAGAGAUACAAAAAUGUUUCGCAACAAUUGCUGGAAUUUGUCGACAACGAGCUGUCCAAAUUUCGCAAAAUUACUGGUCAAGAAGGGGCCAUUGGUGAUGAUGAGGAUGACUAUGAUGAUGAUGAUGAUGAGUUUGAAAACUAUGAUGAUGAUGAGUUUGGUAGUGGCGGGAACAACUUGUAUCGAAACAACAUCAACAACGCCCAGCCAUACAUUCAUCAACAACAGCAGCCACAACAACUUACACAGCAAGUUUAUUUCAGAAAAUUAGACUAUGUGGACAGUCUCCAGAUGGUGUGUUGCGUCAUAAAUAGAUGCAUCGAUAUGAUAACAACGUCAUCGUCCACAACAACAUCGUCAUCGUCGUUGUUGGCAACAAUUUCAAGAACGACCUUGACAUUAUGCGUUGAUUUGAUAUAUGUCGUACUGAUCAUCAACAAGGACAAUAACAGAAGCAGAUGCAAUGACAGGAAUAACAAUUGGGAAAAGUGCGUUAGGUGUCUGCAGACGAAUCAUGCACUUUCCAGUUUGGUAUCUCUGGUUGACCAUUGCAAAGAUGUCGAUCUGGUUAAGGAUGUAUUCAACGUGUUCACGAUCAUCUCCCAGUCCAGUUUCUAUGCCAGGAAGGAGCUAAAUGGCUUAAAAGUCCUUCAGAUUGUGGAAAGAUUGCAGAAGAACUAUCCGGAUGAUUAUGACGAUGACGACGUUUGCAAAAAAUUAACAAAUGCUUUGGCUAGGAAGAAGAAGGAGAAGAAAGGAACGAAUGAAGAAAAAAGCAAAAGACCAGAGGUUUCCUGGGCAAAUGUAUCUGAUAGCCUGAUAAAGAUGAGGAUUGAGGUUAGAGAUGUUGGGGGUGGUGAAGAAGAUGGUUGUGGUGAACCUCCCAUCAAACUUGAAAAACAGUCCAUACAUUUCAGAGCUGUAUCGAAUAGGCAGGAGUACUCAUUCAACCUUCAGUUGCACGCUGAAAUCAUUCCGGAGGACUGCCCAAUCAAGGUGAACUCUUCAGAGGUCAACGUCACAUUGGUGAAGAAGGAACCAUCCGAGUGGCCACGAUUGGGCUCAUCCAGGCACUCCUACGUCAAAUAUGAUUACGAAAUGGAUCGUCUUGACGAGUGUGGAGAUGGAAAUGGUGGUGAAAACUGGGAUAAAGCCGAUGGUGAGGACUGGAGAUGUGAUUAUGACUACAGUGACGAUGAAGACGACGACAUGACGUUAGAUGAGGAUGAUGACGGCACUGAAUUCCUCAGCUAA